UGGAGAAUUCAUUAAGAGAAAAAGUUGUUUCUUAUUUUUUGAGUGUCCUUUCUUUCUUCCUCUUCUUUUCUCAUACAAAACUUAUAACCUUCAAUACCUAAAUCUUCUAUUCACCAAAGAUAAAAGAACAAAGAAGAAGAAGAAAACAAGAAUAUCUAUUUUCAAUGUGGUAAUUAAUUUCUCAUUGCCUAGUAUUUGCAAAGUUGAGUCGAGGUCCAUUCGAGACAACCUUUCUAUAUUCAUAAGAUAGGAAUAAGGCCGCAUAUACAUCACCCUCCAUCGAACCACUCGCAGAAUUACUUUAGUAUACGAAAGUGGUGGUGGAUCAAGGACAUGUCUGUGGGUUCAACUAAAUCAACUGUUUACUGUUGGAACUAGAUUUUACGUGGUUAAUUUUCAUCUUUUCAAUAGGCUGGAGGUCUCAUGGAGGCUAGACGAUCAAUAGAAGAUGCAUGCAAAAGAAGGUUACAAAAGAUAAAAGUGAAGGAUGUGGGAAGCAUAAAGCCCCUCCAAAACCCUUUUCAAGAGAAGAGUACAAAUUGCAAGUUUCAUCCUCUAAAGCUUGUCCUAUUUCUCAUUGUGAUUGGCACUUUUUACAUCAUUCUCUCUUCCCCUUCUAUUUGUCAACAUAACAAAGCUGACACUAUUUCAAGGCAACAUUUUGUGAACAGAUGGAUAUGGGGUGCUUCAGAUCCUAGAUACAUAUCAGAUAUAGACAUCAGUUGGGAGGAAGUAUCUCAAGUUUUGGAUCAAUUGCCUGACCAAAACAAAGUUGUUGAGAACAUUGGCCUUCUAAAUUUCAACAAAGAUGAAAUCAAUAAAUGGACACAAGUUGUUCCUAAUGCGAAUAAAACAGUCCUGUACCUGGACUACGCCGGAAAAAAUGUGACUUGGGACACCUUGUAUCCAGAGUGGAUUGAUGAAGAACAAGAAGAUGAAGUUCAAAGUUGUCCUACUUUGCCAAAACUUGAAGUUCCUAGGACACGAAUCGAUCUCAUAGCUGUCAAGUUACCUUGUAGAAAUGAAGGGAAUUGGUCUAGAGAUGUUGCGCGAUUGCACUUGCAACUUGCUGCAGCUGGUUUAGCUUCCUCUGCUAAGGGUAAACAUCCUGUGCAUUUGCUUUUCAUAACCAAAUGCUUCCCUAUACCGAAUCUUUAUAGGUGCAAAGAGCUCAUUGCUAGAAAAGGUAAUGCCUGGUUGUACAAGCCCGAUCUGAGUGUUCUAAGAGAAAAAGUUCAACUUCCUGUAGGAUCAUGUGAACUUGCACUACCCUUUGGUACAACAGAGGAAGUACAUACGGGGAACAAAAGGCGUGAGGCAUAUGCAACAAUCUUGCAUUCUGCUCAUGUAUAUGUAUGUGGAGCCAUAGCAGCAGCACAAAGCAUUAGAAUGGUAGGGUCCACGAGGGACCUCGUGAUUCUCGUUGAUGAUUCGAUUGGUGAGUAUCAUAGGAGUGGACUUGAGGCAGCAGGCUGGCAAGUUAGGACAAUACAGAGAAUAAGAAAUCCUAAAGCAGAGAAAGAUGCCUACAAUGAAUGGAACUACAGCAAAUUCAGGCUAUGGCAGCUGACCGAUUAUGACAAGAUCAUUUUCAUUGAUGCCGAUUUGCUUAUACUUAGGAACAUAGACAUCUUAUUUAGGAUGCCACAGAUUUCAGCUACGGGAAACAAUGGCACGCUCUUUAAUUCCGGUGUCAUGGUGAUCGAGCCAUCAAAUUGCACGUUCCAGCUCCUGAUGGAUCACAUAAAUGAGAUUGAGUCCUAUAAUGGAGGUGAUCAAGGCUACCUAAACGAAAUAUUCACUUGGUGGCAUCGGAUACCAAAGCAUAUGAACUUCUUGAAGAACUUCUGGAUUGGUGAUGAUGAAGUGGUGAAAGCAAAGAAAACACAUCUUUUCGGGGCUGAUCCUCCGAUUCUUUAUGUCCUUCACUACCUAGGAUACAAGCCAUGGUUGUGUUUCCGGGACUAUGAUUGCAAUUGGAACGUAGACAUCUUACAAGAAUUCGCGAGUGAUGUUGCACACCACAAGUGGUGGAAAGUGCACGACGCAAUGCCUGAGCAGCUGCAAGACUUUUGCCUGCUAAGAUCAAAGCAAAAGGCACAAUUGGAAUGGGACAGAAGGGAAGCUAAGAAAGCAAACUAUCCUGAUGGCCAUUGGAAAAUCAAGAUUAAUGAUCGACGACUCAAGAGAUGCACAGACAGGUUAUGCAAUUGGAAGGGUAUGCUGAAGCAUUGGGGUGAAAAGAAUUGGACAGAUGAUCCCUUUUUCCACCCUUCACCACCAACCAUAAAGACUAAAAAAACCAUAACAUCAUCCCUUUCUGGUAUAUAAUAAGCAAUUUUGGCUUUGUUUCUAAUGAGUAGUAUGCAUCUCAGUGAUCAAUCUUGUUGUUAGUCAUUUGAUGAUAUUUUCAGCUUUGAUAUAUGUCCAUAGGUAACAUUUUGUGAGAUACUUAUAUAGAGUUCUCCAAUUUUACACUUCUGUUAUGUAUGUUUCUCCACUACAUUAAUUAAAUCCAAGUCUGUUGAACA